AUGGCCAGCCAUACACCACCAACGCUCUCGAGGGGCGAGCUGCUGCACCUCUACGGAGUAUCACUCCCUGUGGCUGUGGGCACAUUCUUCUACCAGUACCUGCGCCAUACUUUGACGUCCUGGUCGAAUGGCCGCCUCGAUGGCACCGCGCUUAAGCGCAACAUUUUCACCUCCCUCGGCUCGCUCAUGACCAUUCCGAGCCUGCGCGAGAUACAAUAUCUACAGCGCCGCACCACCGGUGACGCCGUUCGUGCCUACGCCAAGGCCAAGCAGCUGCAACUGCGGUCCGUGCUGCUGACCGACUCCGACACCGAUGGCCACGGCCCCGCCACCCUCCACAUCGUCACUGUCGAAGACGAUGCGGUCCGCAACGGCGGCGACCCCUCCACCCUCCUCUACUUCCAUGGCGGCGCUUACAUUACACCCCUCCCGAACCCGGCGGCCGGCCAUACUCUUGCCGUUCGCGCUGGCGUCAGCCAGCUCGCCGUCCUCGAGUACAGCCUGGCCCCGGCCAGGGCCUACCCAGCCCAGCUUGCCCAGGCCGCCGCAGCACUGCGGCACCUCGUGACCGUCGACGGCAUUGCCUUCCACGACAUUGCCAUUGCGGGUGAGUCUGCCGGCGGCAACCUGCUGCUCGCUCUUCUCGCUCACAUGCAACAGCCGCACCCUCGCAUCCGCGCAUUGCCUGGACAGCCACCUGGACAGUCAGGCGACACGUCCCAGCGACUCCGUGGUGCACUGGUCGUGUCGCCGCGCACACGCAACGAGCCCACACGGCCCAGCCACAUCGAGAACGAGGGCAAAGAUAUGCUGAGCAGAGCCAGCAUGGUGCGCACUGCCGAGGCGUGGAAACCCGUGUCGGGCGAAGUCUGGGCAGCACCCGACGAAGGCGACCGGGCGUUCUGGCAGGGUCUGCGCGCAGACCGCGUGCUGCUGACGGCGGGCGGCGACGAGAUUUACCGAGACGACAUUGUCCACACGGCCGAGAUGAUGGGUGCUGGGGACGCGCCCACGGCGGGCGAGCCGGCUGUCCAGGUUGUCGUAUGCCCCCACGAGGUACACGUUCAGGGUGUCGUCGAUCUGGCCACAGGCAUUGAGGGCGGCGUCAUGGCGGAUGCCAUGCUGCGCUGGGCCGACGAGGUGGGACAGUCGACAUAA